UGUCGUCGCUCGACCAACUCGGCCGCCACCACUGUUGUUUUAUCAAUAUGGCGGUCCCAUAGCAGAGCUGAGCUGCAAACACACCUCGUUAUUUUUGCAACACCACCACCGGUGCCAUACCUCAGGCUCAUUAGAAAUGACAUCAGUAAUUCCAGAAAUUCGUAUUUAUUCACCAUCAGACAAAGAAGAUACUUCAGACUCAGAUCGCAGCAGGAAAAUGGCUAUAAGCGGUGAGCGUAAAUCAGUGGCGUCGGUUUUCCGCGGAAAUUCCAGAGAAAUGUUUACAGAUGACAAGGCGAACCUGGUACCGUGGCUAAACACGUUUAACAUGCGGCCUUACAACCUCUCUUGUCUUCCGUCGAGUAUAAAUUAUCGCCCAUCUUGUAGGUCGCAGUCGGUGGCUAUAAGUCGUGCGAAACUCGGUUGCAUUACGAGCUCUGCCAAAUCCCUCGACGUGCUCCGUCAAAACUUGCAGAGAAGCAUCAACCGUGAAAUCGACGAAAUUUUGCAGCGGUACUUGGAGAAGUUUUUCAAACCCGGUUUAGAGAACGUACGCAUCAACAAUGGCGACCACUCGAUAUCUGAGCAGCACAUCCAGGCCGUAUGCAGACAGAUACUGGAAGAGGCCAAGAAAAUGUACCACGGCAGCUACACGCGAGGCAACAGUCCGACGUCCGACUACACUGUCGACUCUGGACGCAACAGCCCGUCGGACCUGAAACUGGGGCGUUUCCUACACCAGGCAGGCAGGAAGAGGGCGACCAAGGCCAACUCGGACUCAGACUCCGAGGCGAGCCAGUGCCACCAGCUGCCCAAGAAGAAGAAGGGCCGGCCCCCGCUCCACUACCAGGGGGGGCUGUCCGGCCGCUCGACGCCGUCCAAGCUCAAGACUGAGGCCGUCAAGCGGGAGGGCCCCAAGUGGGACCCGAGCCGGCUCCUGCCCACCUCCCAGUUCAUCAUGGGGGCCAAGGCCAACAAGGCGCUGGGGCUCGGCGCCACGCGGGGACGCCUGUACAUCAAGCACCCAGAGGUGUUCAAGUACUCGGGCGACCAGGAGGACAAGCAGUGGCUCUACGAACACAACCUGAUGCCGGCCACGGGCGGCAAGGCCUACAUGCUGCUCGUAGACGACAUCCGUGAACUGGCCGACACCAACGAGUACAGGCACAGUCCGGGCCUGCUGCUCGACGAGAUUGUGGGCUUCACGGUGCCCGACCACAUGCUGCUCAAGAUGCAGAGCGCCAUGCUCGCCAUGCGCACGGACCUGCCCGGGCGCAAGCGGGGGCGUCCGGGGGACGCCGAUGGCUUCGCCCGCCAAGGGGGCCCGGGUGCCGCCGACGACGCGGCCGACGCCGAUGACGCGGCCGUCGAGGUGUCGCCCGCCGCCUCAGACCUCAGUGCUACCCUCGAGCCGCCCCUCACCGCGCCGUUCGACCUCGGGCCCAGUCCAUGACGGCACUGUGACGGACGCGUUGACCCGGGCACGACGCUCUGCCCUGACCCUGGUCCAACGUGACUGGUCCAAAGUGAGCUCAUUUGGAGGCCCCGUGCAAAUUUUGUACUUUGUGCCUCUGGAACGAUAUUACUCUGGCACAUGCGUGAAAAACUCAAUCUCGGUGUUGUUCGAUGCGCUCCAGAGCUUUGCUCUGCCGUGCCAAGGUUGGCGGUUGUGGGCUGUUGUUGCGUAUAGGGAUAGUCCCUCUAAACCUGGUCUUGUUAUUUGGGCCCGUGAGACUGAGGACGUUUUAAUUGUCUUGUAAUCAUUUGGCAGUGGGCCAAAGGCUAAUUGAAGGGAAAGAGAGAGAUGUGCACUUCUUUCCUUAAAUCAAAAUCUUUGGGCAUUCGAUAACCAUGAAAUAAGGUGGCAAAAAUUGGUUACUGUUUGUUUAAGGUACCUAACAGAAUUGCCCUUACUUCAUUUUACAUUGCCACGAUUGGCUGCUGCAAUGCUUGCCUGCUGUCAAUCAACAUUUUCUGGGUUGACUACGCUGAAUUCUCCUUCAGUUACUUUUGGAAGUUGUGAUGUCACGAAGCGUUCUUUGUUUCGGCCAUGGCAAACUUCGAAAAAAAUCACAAAAAUGAAGCAUUGCGUGACAAGUAACAUUGUGUGACAUAGAGUAGUUAGGACAAACUAGUGGUUGCUGGUUUGUCCGAUUUUGCUUUCACAAUUGGAAAGCUGUGAUCAAUACUACAAAUAUAGCAAAACAUAUUUGGUAAAAUCUGAUGUUCUGACACUAACCUGUUGAGUUACAUGCGAAAGUGCCAAUGCCGCGUUCUUGCCAUGUUGGACAGGGUAUGGCACAUAUUUUAAACCAUUCUUUUUUUGUUUGCAUUUUCUUGUGAAACUAUACUUAAAAUUUGGUUGGAGUUGGCUCUUAGAGUCAGUCAUUUUAAGCCGUCGCCAGCCAAGAGGAGAUUUGUUCCUUUGUCUGCAUGAUCUGCAACAUUAUUGCAGAGGCUACUGAGCCAACCGAAUUGAGGCGUAUACACCAUAGCUGGGGGUUUCUAACUGCCAGCAAUUGCUGAAAAACAUGAUAUAUACUGGUCAAAUAGCAAUGUAAGGAGCCGGCAAGGGGGAAAAAAAAUCAAUAUUCAAUUGGGCAUUUCGCAUUUAUUGUUAUUACAUUACUGUUAUUAUAUUGUUAUUAUAUAAUGGAAUUACUACUACAAAGGUGAUAGGAAUGUUGACUCAGGUCAUGUGUGAAGCUGCUUUUUUGUAGAUAUCUGAACUAGCCAAACAAACAUUUUGUAUAUUCAUGCUGCAUUUUUCCUGCUUUUAUGCAGCUUUUAUGCACCACUUCUCACUUCAUUACAUCCUUUUUGCAGAUUUUAUACGCUGGAGUCAUGCCUAUGCAGAAUAAACGGCAAUUUUGUGUUGGUGAAAAAAAUUUCAGUUAAUUAUGGUGAAGCUCGUCACGCAUAAAUGCCGCAAGCCCUAGCCCAAGAGACCUAAUGUGGAUGAGCAUCCAACUGCCCAUUAAUCUGAACCACGCUUAACUACUUUAGUCUGCCCAAAAUAUCUUUUCAGUUGCAAAUGCAUUGCAUUUUAUUGCCAGCUUUCUCCACUUUGUUGGUGUUGUUUUAGCUUGAUGUAUGCUGAGAUUUGCAGAGAGCAUGAGGAUGUAUAAAAACUAACUUUUACUAAAAUA